AUGCUGCAGUCCUCGAUCACUGACGACGAGCGGCCCAUACUGUCGCCGAGAACCAACGGAUUCGUACGCUCUGUGCUGGCGGCGUACGCGGGGCACUAUCAUCUUCGCAUUCGUCCAGAUGAUCUCCCCUCUGCCAAGAUUACUUCGAAGGUCGCGAAGUCUGGAGACGACCGGAAGGCGGAGGACCGGCGUACCACCGGAAGCGUCCUGAGCAUGCGUAGGGCCCACAAAAAAUCGAUAGAGUACACCCUGGACGGUGUCCCAUACUUCACGAUCCCCAUCGGAGACAUUCCUGCCGGCUAUUGCGAGGUGAACGUCACGGUCAACGACAACGGGGAGGUCUUCGACUGCAUGAUGGUGGCUGGACACGUCGCGAGCGUCUGGCCGUCGUCGCCGAAUGCGGGUCUGGGCACAUUCGACACGAUAUCCCCCGCGCCGCAGUGGCUCGUGUUCGUUAAGGUGUAG